AUGCCUGUCCAAGCUCGCCAGGUCUCAGUCAUCACGCUCUGCCUCUCUAUCUUCUACAUGCUCGCGACGACUUUGCUCGCGACGCUCCUUUCCCUCCGUGCCCUGUCGGGCGACCGCGCCGCGCGCGCUUGGCCCUUGUUCAAAGUGCUCUCAUGCCUUAGCAUAUUCAUGGCCUACCUGUUCGUCCUGGCCGAGGCCAUCAUGAUCCUCGGCUUGCAGAGCGACACGUCGUUCCUACAAGUAUGCGCCAUCGGGACCUACGUCGGGAUCGGUCUGUACACCGUGUUCAAGCUAGUGUUCUAUGGUGAGUUGCGGGUCCGACAGUAGACUCGGUCAGCCGGAAGUGUUUUGUGUCCGCAUUUGCCGGUCGUGUCACUGACUCGCUGGUGGCGGUCUCUCCUGCCGGAUAAUAGUUCUCCUCAGUAAGUCCGAGCCAAACUCGCGAGGUCCAAAGGGGUUCAAAAUCUCACCUUGUCUAUCACAGUGGAGCGCGUCCACCUCGUCUACGGCUACAAGACGAACGUCCCCAUCCGUCGCCUCGAAGCCCCUUGGUACUGGUUCAGCUUGACCGUCGUCGCGGCGUGGACGGCGGUCAGCUUGUCGAUGUUGAUCGCUCGCCUGGUUCAGGCCAAGGGCUUGGAGGAGAUCUGCUUCACUACCAUCAAGUCUUAUGCGUCUAUCGUGAUGCUCGUCGUCAACACCGUGGUGUGCACUGUCCUCGUCAGUACACUUCCGAGUACCUCUGCCCCCCUUGGGAGCUCUUCUGAUGACCUUCUGUGCUCUCGGCGAAACACCUCCUAGACGGCAGCUUUUGCCCUCCCCGUAGUCAGAUCACGCUUCAGUAAAUCUCAGCGACUCGCCUUGACAUCGUGCAUCGCGACCGCGCUUGGAACACUCGCCUCGGCCGGAAACCUGCUAUGGAUGAUGCACGUUGAAGGUCCCGAACGAGCUUGGAGUCGUGGGAUAAGCAGUAGCAUGGACGGUGCGUGUUCAAGACAUGGUGGAGAAACAUGUUUUAGAUCCGCCCUCACAUCUUCCUCCAUCUCACAGUCAUCUUCAACGCCGUCCUCGCUUUCGCCAUUACUACCACACCGGGUCGAAAAGCCGGUCGAACGAACCUCAAGCAAGUCAAAGUGGACAUACGCAAGAUGAAAAGGCUCGACACGUGCCCCCCUUCCAGUCCUCGUUCGCUUCAUGGUGUCAUUAUCACGCGACAAACUUCUCAACUGAGGGACGACGAAGAGCCCCAGGAAGGGGGCGAGCCUGAGAAUGGGAAGGUGCCUGUCGUCGGGUGGCUGGAUCGGGUCUUCCCUGAUCAGCACCCGGCCAAGGUUAAGGACAGUUUAGGUUUGGGGACCCGGCCUGACUCGUUCUCAUCGGAGAAUGAGUACAAAGCGCCAUCCUCAAGACCGAAGACCCCACCGGACCGUAUGGCGACGAGGAGUGGAGACAGAAUUCCCGCGGUUCCAUGA